UUUGCGAGGUGAUUAUGCAGUAAUUUUCGCAUCGGAAGAAUACGCUCGCGCCCAAGAACAACAGUGCGCGAUUUUCAUUCGAGUGUAACCGAGAGGAGCUUCGGCAAUCGGCCUUGCCGCAGACACAAGUGAUAAUGUGUAGGAUUUAGCAGGAGAUUGCAGCGCGGAGGUGAAUUAUUGUCUCAAGGUUCACGUGCAUAGAACACGAUGCUCCAUCCGGCUACUGUCGACAAAUUGUGGGAGCCAGUUGUAUCCUGACGCACUGAUAACGAGUAUCAAACGAAGACUCAAUUAAAGAAGUUAUUUGGAUAAUUCAUCAACAUUUUCAAAGAACAGAAAUGCAUUCUGAUCUGAGUAUUACAGUAUUAUAAAUUGUAUGAAACGAAAAGUUUUGAAGUAUUCUAAAAAUAACAAAAACAUAUCGCAUGUGCAAUCAUCAAAAACAAGAUGAAUGGGGAGCUUAUCAUCUCUAAUCCAAAUUAAGAUCAGAGCAGGCAAGCUGCUCUGGCAAUUAACUCGCUCAGCCUGAGCGGCAAACUACAUAGGCGUCACACGACGCUAAGCUUGCUGGGCAAGAUGAGUCCAAAGGGACCGAACCAAGACGCUGGGCAGAAAACCGAGGUAAGGGUAUCGUGCGUACCGUCGCCCGGUGCCGAGCCGCAAGGCGUUCGGGUAAGAAUACCCGAACCAAAGAAAGGAAUACCGCCGGUACCACCGCCAGUACCAGCAGUAAUCGAAUCACCAAGGAUAAGGUGCCCGACGAUCUCGGAAAAAGACUUUUAUAGAAAGACACUGUCACUCGACAGGAAGGACCGAUAUCCGACUUUGUCGGGUGCGGAAAUCAAGAGAGGCUUGCAAGCUACCGGUCCAGACGCACAGAGGAGGCGGAAUCCUAUGCUUGAUCGGAAAAACAGGUUCCCAACGAUAUCCGGUGCAGAAUUAAAGCGUGGCAACACGAUAGGCAAAUGUCCACUAGAAGGCGGUCUGGAUUUAAGUCUCGCACCAUGGCCUGGUAUGAAAUGGGCAUGCGUCAGGGUACUACAUCUCUACUGCAAGGUCUUCGACCAGUACGAGCUAUUCGAGCUCAUCGUUAGGAAGAACUGCACGAGUUGCAAAUGCCCAAGAGAAGCGCACGAGGUGUGUCACGACGAGUGGGUGUCGGUACGAGCGAGACUUGGUCUCAAGGCCGACGAGACGAGAAAUCCUGCAGGAUUCGACCCAAGGGAUGUGGGACUUGCGUGGGCGCCACCAGGCUUACCAAUCCACAAGGUGGAGGAAUACUUUUCAAUGCUGCCGAAACUAUCAGUGCCACGACUGGGUACAGCAGGCGAGCGGCAUCGAGAUCGUCAAUUGGCGACACAACUGCCAAAGCAGGAUUUGGCAAGAGCUUAUUGCCGUCAUCUCGAUCCUCAACAUUCCGUCAGUGCCGAUGAUUUUAUGGCAGCGCGUAACGAGAUCGCACUGGAUAUCGGAAGUGUCCAGGAGGUUUUUGAUAAGGGAGUGGAAUGCGGAGCAUGUAAGGAGCCAGUAAAGUACGGUAGUCUUGCCGUAUCGGCAAGCAAAUUAGGUUUCUUGUAUCAUCCGACAUGCUUCAGGUGUAUGCAGUGCGAGGAAUUGCUGGUCGAUCUCGCAUAUUGUGUUCAUGAUGACGUGCUCUAUUGCGAGAGGCACUACGCUGAGCAGCUCAAACCGAGAUGUGCUGCUUGUGAUGAGUUAAUUUUCAGUGGAGAUUACACGAAGGCGAUGAACAAGGACUGGCACAGCAGCCACUUCUGCUGCUGGCAGUGCGACGAGUCGUUGACAGGUCAGCGAUAUGUCCUGAGAGACGAGCAUCCUUACUGCAUCAAAUGCUACGAAAGCGUCUUCGCUAAUGGCUGCGAGGAGUGCCACAAAAUCAUCGGCAUCGACUCCAAGGAUCUGUCGUACAAGGACAAGCACUGGCACGAGGCUUGCUUCCUCUGCAGCAGAUGCAGAGUGUCCUUGGUGGACAAACAGUUUGGCAGCAAGGUAGACAAGAUUUACUGCGGUAACUGCUAUGAUUCUCAGUUCGCUAGCCGUUGCGACGGAUGCGGCGAAAUCUUCCGCGCUGGCACCAAGAAGAUGGAAUACAAGACAAGACAGUGGCACGAGAAGUGUUUCUGCUGCGUAGUCUGCAAGAGUCCAAUUGGUACCAAGAGCUUCAUCCCACGCGAGCAGGAAAUCUACUGUGCCGGAUGUUACGAAGACAAAUUCUCAACUCGAUGCGUCAAGUGCAACAAGAUCAUCACAACCGCAGGUGUGACGUACAAGAACGAACCAUGGCACAGGGAUUGCUUCACCUGCACCCACUGCGAUCAAUCGCUCGCUGGGCAAAGAUUCACGUCCCGCGACGACAAGCCAUACUGCGCCGACUGCUUCGGCGAACUUUUCGCCAAGAGGUGUACCGCUUGCUCAAAACCGAUCACCGGUAUCGGUGGUACGCGCUUCAUCUCGUUCGAGGACAGGCAUUGGCACAACGACUGCUUCAUCUGCGCAGGCUGCAAUUCAUCGAUGGUCGGACGCGGUUUCAUCACCGACGGCGAGGACAUCAUCUGUCCCGAGUGCGCUAAACAAAAGCUCUCGUAAGGUGUGCUUUCGGGCACUUCCAUCCCCCCCCUCCACCUCAAAAACCACCAGAAAAAUAUAAAUAUACAUACCUUCGAUGAAUAGAAGAAAGUGAAGAACAAGGCGAUUAUUGCGAGUGCGGGAGUCCUCGUGCUCUGCUUCGACGCGGAUUUCAAGUCAUUUGGAAUCUGCGACGAAUGAAGAAUUUUGUUUUUCGAAAGAAGCUAUCUUUGAUUGGGUUUUCAAUUAAAUGUGAGGUUCUAGGUGAAUCAUCGCAGUGAGUAUGAACAAUAUACUCGUUUGUAUGGUACACCUUCACGAAUAUAGAAUCUUACCUGAUUUUAUUACGACGGUAUAUAAUCGUAUAGAUUUACAAAAAGUGUGGAAAAACUAGUCUAAACGUUUGCUUGAAUUUUUAAGGUUGAAGCCCAAUCGAAGCGACAGUUCUCCUUUUUCGUACACGUCGACUAGGAUUCUCUUGGAAUUCUUUUGCUUUUUUGUCGAGUGACUUUUCGAGUUCAUUGAUUAAUUAUUCGAGGCUUUUGUUUCGCCGAUACUACACGAAAUAAAUGAAUAUAUUUUGUAAAUGUACAACUUUGCAAAUGAGAUAUUUUAUAAUAAUUGUGUUUAUCAUCUAGUGCAGUAUCGUCGAGACGCGAGACACAAUGAAAUAAUUUUUUUUUUCUUUCAUGGCGAGGACUCGAGAUUACGUUCAAACGAAAUUGCCUUGUUCUGCGGUAAAAAUAUUUAAGAGCAAAGUUAUCUUUUCUUGGCUGUUACUAUUAGUGCAGUUCUUUAAAGAUUGUAAAACUCCAGAUCGAACGAAUACUUAAAGAGAUAAAGAAAAACAAAAUAAAUUACUAAAGUAUAUAUACAUAUAUACAUAUAACAGGUGCCGUCGCGAUGUUAAUCAUUAUUGAUGUUAUUGUUUUUUCUUUCGCUUUGUAUACAUUAAUGUAGAAAUGUAGAACAAGUGAAGACAGCCAAACUGUUAUUUGUCAGAGGUGGGUUCAAGAUAGAACAACUAAAAAGCUUGCAAACUGUGUAUCUAAACAAAUCUUACGUGUAUAGAGUCGUUUUAUUUUUAUUCGAGUCUAACGUGUAACACAGUGUAAGCC